AUGGAGGAAUUACUGUCUUCUAGGUACCGUCCCGGUUGCGUCACGGUACAAAAGUCACCACCUUCAUCAGACGACAUCACCUCUGGAGUCUCCAAAAUGUCAUUAAAAAACGCCAAGACAAAAAAGCCAGAGCCUGUUGCCGACAGUUGGGAAGACGAAGAUGUCAGUUCCGAGUCCGAGCCCGAGGCCAAGACCGAGCCCAAGUCUGAGCGUGAGCGUAGCUUUGGUGCGGAGCCGGAAUCAUGGGAAGACGACAACAACAGUGAUGAUGAGGAGGGAGCGCCCUCUCCUCCGCCUUCACGCAACAACAGAAAGCCGGAGCCAUCAAUGACUACCUCUACUUCCAUCCCACCAUUUCUCGACUACACUGGGCCAGGCGGCAGCGCCAGCAACACUUCCUCCUCCUCAGAGUACAAGAGACCCGAAAAGACGGACGCCGUAGCCCGCCGGAUGAUUGCCGGUGCUCUGGGGCUGAAGGCACCCAAGCUGACCGAGGAGCAAAAGGCUUACGACCGGGCUUUGCGCGAGAAGGAGCGCAAGAGGAAGGAGGAGGAGAGAGAGCGGAAGAAGAAGGCAGAGGAGGAGGCCUUGAGAGCCAAGCAGGCGAUUUGGGAAGACUAG